AUGACUUAAUUAUUAAAGAAGAAUAUCGAAUCCUUAUUUCCUUAGUUUAGUGUCCUUGAGAUUUUGAGAUAGAAUGUAUACAAGAAAACGAUCCUUUUGAAAAGAGGCAACAAAAAUUAUGUUUUGAGAUUAUUUAAUUUAGAAGGUAUUAAUAAGGAAAGGGUGAUCUCAAUUAUAAAAAUAUUGAACAAACUGUCUAGAAAGAACAAUCCUCAUAUUGUAAAAUUUUAUGAAGCCUCUCAUGAUAUAGAUAAUACCUAUUUAGGGGUUAUCAGUGAAUACAUCGAAUGUUAAUAUUAAUGUCCCUUGGAAGAAAAGGAUAUACUAAUAAUUCUAAUAUAAUUAUGUUCGGCCCUCAGUUUAUUUCAUCCGAAAAGACCUCAUGGAAAAAUACUGUUAUCAAAUUUAUUUUGUUUUGGUAAAAAUGCAGUUUUGGGAGAGAUGAACAUCCUAUUUUAUUUGCAUCCUGAGGAAUAUUUGGAUAUUUAUCUAUUGGCACCUGAAUUUGCUAAAUCUAAAACCUAUGAUUGUAAAUCAGACAUAUGGAUGCUUGGUUUUUUAAUUUACUAAUUCAUGUUUAAAGAAGCUCCUUUCAAAGCCAAUAACAUCAAUGUGUUGCAUAAAUAAAUCCUGAAAGGGUUAAAAUUUACAUACAAUCCCUAAUAUAGCUUGAAUAUGAAUAACUUAUUAAGGAUUAUGUUGUGUUAUGAUCCUGAUCUAAGACCAACUUUAGAAUCAAUAAGAUCAUUCGCAUAAACAGCCUUAGCAAGUUCUGAGAAAAUAGAUAUAUUCAAAUUACUACCUAAAUAUAAAUUAGAGUAAAUAGCAUUACACAAAAAAAGAGAAGACAAAAAACCACAAUAAAUUGAUAAUUAAAUUUAUUUAAAUGAGGAUACAUCAAAAUAUCCUUCAUUUCGACCUUCAAAAGUCUUGAAAACCUUUAAGAAAAUACUAUCCCCAAGUCCAUCUCCAAAGCAUAUUGUUUUGAAUUUAAUCGAAAAGAAUGAGAGCUUAAUCAAUAAUCAAACUCAACCCUCAUAAAAUCACUUCUCAUAAUUAGAAUAAUUUGAUAGCAAGAAGAAUUUAUCUACCACAGGCAAAAACUCGAAUUAAUCUUAAAAAUUAAUCAAUUAAUCACAAGGAAUCUCAAUUUCAAACCAAUAAAGUUAACGAAAUUCUCUGUAUCCAGUGUAAUUACCAAAAGUGUUAUAAUUUUAAUUUAGCAAGAUAAAAUUUAGACACGAGAUGACUCCAAAAAAGGAAUUAGAUGAAUCUAUUUAAGAAUAACCAAUGGCAAAAUAUGCCCAAUUACCAUAAAAGAUUAAUAAUAUCCCACUUAAGAAAUCUCCUCCGAAGAUGUUGUUUCAUCAAUACCAAGACACUGUUCUCAGAUCUUUUAGCCAAAGAUAAUGA